AUAUUCUGGGAAGUACCGGGGUUGCAAAUCGCAUGUGCCGCCCCCUGCGAUCCCCGUGCACUGCGCGGGUAUUGCGGCGGGCAAGUGCAUCAGGACUAUGGGAUUUAGGUGUUAGUUUAGAUUAAAACCAUCAUCAAACCCAUAAAGCAGCGAUCGCUACUUCAGGUGGGCGCGGGGACCUGUCCGGCCUGAACUGUAAUGGCAAAGCGUGGCUGAAACGCAGCGGCGCUCCGACUGACCUAAACAGCAGCACGGUCGCCAUGAGGAGACUGCUCAGCACCUCGCAGUCAUCGGUGGAUCCAAAGGAAAUGAGGAAAUUCCAGCUCCUCGCACACAGGUGGUGGGACGAGCAAGGAGAGUACUCAGCCCUGCAUUCCAUGAAUGACAUCAGAGUGCCGUUUAUUAGGUGUGGGUUUGAAGACGGGUGUUUUUAUGGAGACACUCUGCUGAACAUGGGCAGCGCCUACCAGCGGGGAAGCCCACUUUCUGGGAUCAAGAUUCUGGAUGUUGGCUGCGGUGGUGGACUGCUGAGUGAGCCCCUAGGUAGACUGGGAGCUUCAGUUACUGGAAUUGAUCCUCUGGAAGAAAACAUCAGAACAGCGGAUCAGCACAAGUCAUUUGAUCCAGUUCUGGCCAAGAGAAUACAGUACAAGGCCAGCUCACUGGAGGAGAUUGUGGAAGAGUCUGUGGAAACGUUUGAUGUAAUUGUAGCUUCUGAAGUGGUGGAGCAUGUGGCUGACCUUGAAAUGUUUAUCAAGUGUUGCUCUCGGGUGUUAAAGCCCGGAGGUUCUUUGUUCGUUACUACAAUCAAUAAAACACAGUUGUCCUAUAUCCUGGGAAUUGUGGUUGCAGAAAAAAUAGCAGGCAUUGUACCAGAAGGAACACAUGAGUGGGAGAAGUUUGUUCCCCCAGAGGAUCUGGAGCGCCUCUUGGAAGCAAAUGGCUUCUCUGUCAAGACUGUGAAUGGGAUGCUGUACAACCCCCUCACUGGGUCCUGGAGCUGGAUGGAAAGCACAAGCAUUAACUAUGCCCUGCACGCUGUGAAAUCUGGGAGUCAGGCACAGACAAACCAAACAGAGCCUCUCUCAGAGAAGGAAAGUGAACAGUGCUCGGCCACAGCUGGCACCAGCGUGUGACCAGCUGAGAUGUGUGCUGAUGGACUGCCACCAGGAACAGAAAAGGUUUUACACAGACAAGCACAAUAAAGCCUUUUGUAACAACAAGCUUGCUGUUUGCAUUAA